AUGGAUCGCGACUCUGAAAAAGCCGCGGUCGACUACGUGCCAGAUGUCGAGUUGACAAAGACGGCUACGGAAGGCACCAACAGCUGGCAGAAUGAGUACCCUCCAGAUGUCCAGAGAAGCAUCAUCCGCAGGAUUGAUCGCCGACUUGUCCUCACCGUCGGCUUUAUGUACUGCGUAUCCCUGAUGGAUAGGACCAACCUCUCGGCAGCCAGCAUCGCUGGUAUGCAAAAGGAGCUUGAGCUUGGUAUUCACGACCGUUACUCGAUCGUGACACUCGUGUUUUUCGUGACCUAUAUCGUAUUCCAACCUCCGGCGACUGUUAUCGCACGCAAGCUGGGACCCCGCAACUUCCUUUCCGCAAUCACGCUUCUCUGGGGAGCUUUGAUGAUUGGCUUUGGCUUCGUGAAGAACUGGCAGUCCUUGGCCGCUCUGCGUGUCAUUCUCGGUAUACUGGAAGCUGGAUUCUUCCCGAGCUCCGUCUACCUUCUGAGCACUUGGUAUACGAGAUAUGAGGUCGGCAAGCGAUUUUCAUUCUUCUACGUCAUCGGCUGCGUUGCCUCAGCGUUUGCGGGUAUUCUUGCGUAUGGCUUGAUGCAGAUGAACGGCUUGCAGGGCUUAACUGGUUGGCGAUGGAUUUUCAUCAUCGAAGGUAUCCUUACGUGCUUGAUCGGAAUCGCUAGUUAUUGGCUCUUGAUCGACUUCCCUGACUCAAAGAGAAAGCUUUGGAACUUCCUCAGUGAUAAGGAGAAGGAUUGGGUUGUCAAGCGUAUCAAUGCAGACCGUGGCGAUGCAAGCACACCAAAAUUCAAGCUUGGGAAGUUUCUUCGGGCUGGAACUGAUUGGAAGAUUUGGUGCUAUGCUAUGAUCUUCUUCAACACAACCACCAUUACUUACGCUCUGGCCUAUUUCCUCCCGAUCAUUCUCAACACGCAGAUGGGCUUUGACGUCGGAGCAGCUCAGUGCUUGGUAGCACCGCCAUACGCAUUUGCAGGAUUCGUCAUGUUUGGCAUGGGCUGGCUCGGCGACAAAUAUCACGUCAGAGGCCCAAUCAUUAUGGGCAACAUGCUCCUCUGCCUGAUUGGUCUUCCAAUCAUGGGCUGGCACCCGAACAGUUCCGUUCGAUACUUUGGUGUCUUCCUUGUGACAGCUGGAGCCAACUCCAAUGUCCCUUCAGCUUUGGCAUAUCAAGCAAACAACAUUCGUGGUCAAUGGAAGCGUGCACUCUGCAGUGCUACAUUUGUGGGAUUCGGUGGUAUCGGUGGUAUUGCUGGUAGCUUGGUGUUCAGAGCUCAGGAUGCUGCAACGGGAUACAAGCCCGGCCUUUACGCAGCUAUCGCUUGCUCGCUGUUGAACCUAGUACUUGUUGCCAUUGUCGACACUGCAUUUUACUUUGAGAACCGCAAAGCCGACCGUGGAGAGAAGGAGCUGGAGCACGAUGACGAUGAGGUACGAGAGCGUGGAUUCCGAUACACUUAUUAA